AGAGCAGAAGAAGAAGAAAGAUGGCCACCUGUUGAUCCGCGGAGGGAGACUGCCGGUCACUGCGGCUCCGCAAGGGAGAUGGCUCAGUUCCCUGAUCCGGCCUUCAUGGAGUCCAUCAACAUCAACAUGCGGGUCCCGGAGCGUCUCAGCGUGGGUCCGGGGCCCGAGGCGGGACCGGGUCCACGGCAGUCCGAGGAGGAGGGGGGCGGGGCCGGGAGGAGGGUUCCUCCCGCGUACGCCAUGCACAUCCCCGACCGGCUGACGUACGCAGACACCCCCGACAUGAGCCCCAGACCGCUGUUCAGACCGGCGUCCGGGGUCCCUCUGGGUCUGGAGCCCUGCUGGGAGAACGUGUGUGUGGAGGCGCUGCACAGGGACGGACUCCAGAGCCCCAUCCGCAGAUCGUACAGUGACCAGAGCUUCGGCCGGACCCCCCCCGGUACCCCCACCCAUCUGAAACAGGCCCUGACGGUGCCCAGACCCCCGUCCAGCUGCCCGGAUGCAGGACCCCCUCCUGGUCGGCGCCCUGCAGUGCCCCCCGGCCCCGCCCCCAGCCCCGCCCCCGGCCCCUGCCUCCUGUCUCCACAGCUCAUGCUGCAGACGGCCCGGCAGCUGGGCCAGCAGGCAUCACAGCGCCUCCUGCAGGCAGUCAGCCACAAGUACAGCAGAUCUAGCGCUCAGGCUCCGCCCCCAGCAGCAGGAGUGCUGAGCCCAGUCCCAGCUUCAGGACUCGUGGACAACAGUGAGACCAGGACGAUGGAGAGCUGGAGCCCAGAGGAGGAGGGAGGAGCUGCUGUGGAGUUCAUCAUCCUGAGGAGACAGGUGCUGAAGAUGAGUCGCCGUCUGGCGGCUCUGGAGCGCCACAGUGUGGAGCAGAGGAGUACUGAGCUGCUGCUGUCCUCCCUGCUGCUGUCGGCCCUGCUGCUCAACGCCUGGCUCUGGACUCGCAGAUAGCCGGCCCGGGGAGGGCGGAGGGACGCUCUGAGCUGGGCUCCUGACCUGACCGCCUCCCGUGACUCUUGCCUCCAUGGUGACCUUUGACCCCAUGGACCUGACGGACCGUGGCCCGGAGCCCAUGCCACAGCCGUCGGCUCUGAUCAGGCUGCUGUCCCACUGGGAGGGACUCAGACCUGCCGUCCCCUGAGGGAGCUGUGCAGAACGUUCCGCUGUUCUCUGUCAAGCCCCGAGAGCCGUCCGACGCUUUGCCCAUGAGAACUGAGGUGCUGCCGCUGCGUCCUCUCUGGACAGACAUUGUCCACCGUCAGUCUCCACCCUGGCGGAGACAGUUGGAGCUCCAGUCUCCAGACCUGCAGCUGCUUUCAGGUGGACAUUGGACACGUUCAGUUUGGACUCAGGACUCGGGUUUGUCUCAGCAUCUCAGUCUCAUUUCAUUAUUUUUCACUUCAUUGAGCUGAUUUUGCUCUUUUCGUCUUUUUGCCAUCGACACGGAUCCUUUAUUCAACUCUUGAAGCAGGUUCAGAUCAUGAAGACACCGUUUUUCCACUUUUAGAGUGUUUAUCAGGAGUGUGAAGUUUAGAGAGUGAAGUUUAGAGUGUAUUUAUCAGCAGUGAAAAGUUUAGAGUGUUUAUCAGAAGUGUAAAGUUUAAAGCGUAUUUAUCAGCAGUGUAAAGUUUAGAGUGUUUAUCAGCAGUGUAAAGUUUAGAGUGUUUAUCAGCAGUGUAAAGUUUAGAGCGUAUUUAUCAGCAGUGUAAAGUUUAGAGUGUUUAUCAGGAGUGUAAAGUUUAGAGUGUUUAUCAGGAGUGAGAAGUCGUUUUUGUCUGAUGAGCAGAACCUUAAUGGAUUGAUUGAGACUGAAACGCCACAGUCCUGGCAGUUUUCCCAGCAUGCACCGGGAGUCAGGGAGCAGGCCUGGGAGCAGUUCGCUGUGUGAAGCUGCUCUGAGCAGUGAAGCAAUCCGUCGUUAAUCCAUGAGCAGAAGGACCCAUGUUCUACCUGAGCCACUGCCGGAUAAACUGCUGCUGUUUAUAAAAUGUUACAUUUUGAGCAAAACGUUUGGAUAUUGGGGGUUCAGCACACACACACACACACACACACACACACACACACACACACACACACUCCCCUGUGUGGUUUUCCUUUGUCAGGUCAGGGGUCAGGAGGUCAACAGCAGUGAGAGGAGCGUGUUCCUCCGGUCGGGCGUGACCUCUGCUCUGUCCUCGGGGCUCACUGGGAGCAGAUGGAGAGCCUGGUCCAGUGGUUUCUCUGCCUCAUGGUGCUGAGAAGCUGAAGCUCCAGCAGGGGGCAGCAUCUCCCAGCAGGAACCAUACUUCCAGUGUGGACUGACUGAGUGUGGCCUGAGGUCAAAGGUCAGUGAUAUUCAGAGCGGUCUCUCCUGGAGCGUCACAGGGGGCUGAUGGGGGUCUGAAGACCAGAACAUCUUCAGCCGCUGCAGCCUGGGACCACUUCCUGUGUCUCCAGACACCACUUCCUGUGUCUCCUGGGACCACUUCCUGUUAAUCAUGAAGUACAAAAUCUCACUUCCACGAACAGAACAUAACAUUAUUUUUUCAGGGAUUCCAAAAGGCGGGAUUAAUCUGUUAAAAGGAUCCAAAUUCAACCCACAAACUCAGAAAGUUUAACAUCAGAUAUUAAUAAAUGGAUAUAAAUAAAUGUAUAAAUAAAUGUUCAAACUAAUUAAUCAGAAACGAUAUUCGACCCACAGGUGGAGCUGCAGCAGCAUCCUGCUGGAGCUCCAGAUCCGGUGGAACAGCUGGAACCAGGCCUGGAGGCUGGAGAGAAGGUCUGCAUCAAGAACAAAAUCAAAGAAAUAACCUUUAAAAUCCUUCAUAAUAUCAUGCAGCUAAAAAAACAUUGCAAAGAUUUAAGUUAAACACAGACUCCAGCUGCUGUUUCUGUGCAAAGGAGAUGAAACAAUCCAACAGCUCUUCUCUCAGCGGAGCUUCAGUCAAACUUUCUGGACUAAAGCUGCAGUUUUUUUGUCAAAUAGAACCAAAGGAACCGUCCGCCUCCAGGAGAUCCUCAAUCUGUUCAACACCCACUUCCACCAGAGUAAGGAAACACGCCUGUUAACCAGCUGAUGAUACUGCUGGGGAGAUUUCAUAUCCACUAAAUGAAAUGGGCAGAGAAGAAAUCGAACUGGAACCACUUUCUAGAAGAGUUAAAACUUUGCAUAAAAUACUUCGCUAACUCUGACAACUUAAAGGCUGUAAAGACGACGGCUCUAAUGGAGAAAUUCUGCACCAAUCUGAUGGAUCAGUAAAUCCCUGCUCCGGUAGCUUAUUGUUGUUUUUUCUAUUUUCCUGUGAACGUUGUUAUUUUUGUUUAAUAAGGCCUCCCCUGGCGGCAGAGCUGAGACUUCUGAAUGUAAUGACAGGUAAACGGUGUGUGUCUGUCUAAAUGUUUUGUUUGUUAGUACUGUUUUUUGUCUUAAAAAAAAAAAAAGACACCACUUCCUCUGUCUCCUGGGACGACUUCCUCUGUCUCCAGGGACCAAGCUCCAUCAGACAGGCUACACCUCACACUCCAUCCAACCAUCUACACAACAAAACUGUUAAGACCUCCACCUGUUUCAAUCCCCUCCAAUACCACACCUCCACUUGUUCUCAGACACCCCGCCAAAAUAA